GAUGAGCAAAAGAGGAAAACAGUGAGUUUCUGAUAAUAAAAAUAGAGCAGCUGUUUCCAGCGGCUCCACAUUUUCUCUGCGGCUCUAAAAAGCGUGCAAUGGUAGAGAGACCUUAAGAGAGAGUGUGACAGGGAAAGAGAGAGAGAGAGAGGAAGGAAGAGGGAGGGAUUGAAAGAGGAAAGUGGAGAGACCAGCAGGAGUUUGGCUUUUCUAAGCAUCUGGAUCGACAGAGAGAAAGAGGAGGAAAAACCUGGAUGUAUGUAUGGACUUUAAACUAAACUAAAAAACAGAGGAACAUACCAGGAAAGUGACUGAAAUAAGAGGGGGGAAAAAAAGGAGGUGGAGUGGAGGAGAAAGUUUUCUGGUUUUAACGGGAUCAUUGGACUGAGCAGCAGGAAUGUUACCGGUGAUCCUGACCGUUUACCUCAAUGACACCCAACAGAUGCUCACAGAGGUUCCAGUCACUCCAGCAACCAGAGUAGUCGAUGUGGUGGAAUACUGUAAAGAGGCCGGUGAGGGGGAGUGUCAUUUAGCCGAAGUAUGGAAUGGACACGAGCGAGUUCUACCACAGGAAUUGCUGUUGUUGGAUCUUCUCCAGCAGUGGGGGGCCAGGAGGCCGGAGGUCAGGUUCUACCUCAGACACUGCCCCCCCUGGACACAAGGCAGUGAGCAGCCUUUGGAGCAGAGCUGGACCACAGAAGCAACAGAGAGUGCUAAUGACAGGGUUCCCCGUGUGGAGCUGACCCUCUCUGAGCUCCAGGAAAUGGCCACAAGACAACAGCAACAAAUAGAGGCUCAGCAACAGAUGUUGGUCGCCAAGGAGCAGAGACUGAGGUAUCUGCAGCAAGGAGGCAGGUCUAACCAAGGACAGACACAGUCUGAAGCUGAAAAGUUACAGCGGCUGAAGGAGCGGGUAGAAACUCAGGAGGCGAAGCUGAAGAAGAUUCGAGCCAUGAGAGGACAAGUGGACUACAGCAAACUGAUAAAUGGAAACCUCUCUGCAGAAAUCGACCAUGUCAGCGGCCUGUUUCAAGAGAAGCAGGCAGAGCUUCAGACUGCAGUGAUCAGAGUCGACCAGUUGACUCAACAGUUAGAGGAUUUGAGAAGAGGCCGCCUUCAGCUACAUUCUUUAGCGCCACAGCAGGGUGCACCCACUGGUUCCCAGGGUGCACACAUCGGAUCCCAUGUUCCGAAAGGAUCACCUCUGUCUGGCCCUGCCGCCCUCGAGCUGAGAAAACUGUACCAGGAGCUACAGGCUCGAAACCGUCAUAACCUGGAGCAGAGCAGCAAGUUGGCUCAAAACAAGGAGCUGCUGAACAAGAGGAACGCCCAGGUGACGGUAAUGGAUCAGCGCAUCGGAGAUCUGAGAGAACGACUGCAUAAGAAGAGAGCAGAGUUGAGUCGUCUGAAUGGAGGCGGUUUGCCCUCACCUCCGACCUCUGCCCACUCUGGGGGAGGUGUUUCGGGUCGCGUGGCAGCUGUGUGUCCCUACAUCCAGGUUCCAGCUGAUGGACGACAGGAUGCGGGUUAUCCUUUACCCCCUGACCCACCACCCAAGCCUACCCCGCUCAGCCACAUCCGCUCCCUCUCAGAAGAGGAGCGAAGUGGCAUCAGGAAGUCUCCAGGCCAGUGGAAAGUGUCAGAUUUAGACAUCGUCCUGUCAGAGCCCACUGAGAAGUGGGAGGGGCCUCGGUCCCCUCAGGGGGGCGACAGUAACAACACCAAUGAAGCAUCAUGGCCUAGCAUCAGUAAGAGUGUGUCAGAUUGGAGGACCAACAGUCCAGAACAGCAACUUCCCUCUGGUUAUGGCACCUACCCCAGUGCCACGCACCAGGCAGCAGGGCAUCACUGUGUCACCAGCUCCCUGCCCCGUUCUGCCCCUGGUACCCUGGGCUGGCCUCGAUCCAGCGCUGCCAGUGCCACCUCAUCAUCCUCUUCAUCAUCCUCCUCACAACAAAUACAGCAACGCAUAUCUGUCCCUCCUACUUCUAAUCAAGGCUCUGCCACCACCACACAGCACGCUCCACUGUCGCCUCAAAUAGAGCGAACAGACCCCCCUCCAGCAGUGGCUGUACGCCCCUAUGUCCCAGACCAUCCCUCCAGGCCCCAGUCCCCCAGGAAGGGCCCUGCCACCAUGAACAGCAGCUCUAUCUACAGCAUGUACCUUCAGCAGCCCCAGGCCAAAAACUAUGGCUCUCUGAGCAAUAGGACUACAGUCAAAGCAGUCUAUGGAAAACCCAUCCUGCCCACCUCCUCCAGCUCUCCGUCCCCUGUUCCUUUCCUCCAAGGAGGAGGUGUAAAAGGAGGAGGAGCAGGAGGAGGAGGAGGAGGAGGAGGAGGAGGAGGAGGAGGAGAGGACGUUACAGAUAAAGAGGGAGGAAAAGUAGGAGGAGAGAGCAGUGAUGGACAAAAUAUCCCUCCGCCAAGUGUUGAUAACAUCCCACGUCCCCUUAGCCCCACAAAGCUCACCCCAGUUGCUCACUCCCAGCUACGUUACCAGAGUGAUGCUGAUCUUGAAGUUCUCCGUCGCCGCCUCAGCAAUGCUCCGAGACCCCUGAAGAAACGGAGCUCAAUCACCGAACCCGAGGGUCCACAAGGGCCAAACAUCCAAAAACUACUGUACCAGAGGUUCAACACUCUGGCAGGAGGUAUGGAAGGAGGCUCAGGCAACACCUUCUACCAGCCGGAGUGUCUUUUGGGCGACGUGGAUAACAUCCACUCAGCCAAUGGGAACAUAGAACCAAAUGAAAAACAUGUCAAUUUGGCGUCCGAGGAAGGGGAAGGCCAAAACUCAGAUUCCCGCCGCUUGUCACCUCCUUCAGUUGCCAUCGAAACACCAAAUGAGACCAUGGGAGAAGUUAUCAAUAAAGUUUCUCCAGUAACAAAACCAAACUCAUCUCCUCCACCUGAUAGGCCAGAGGACCAGAACAAUAACAACCAGAAGAGUUCCAGCCCCGCCCCCCAGAACUCUGUAGGCCACACCUCCCCUUCUCCUACACCUCCUGCCCCACCAUCAAAGCCUAAGGUUAAAAGAACCAACCUGAAGAAGCCGUCAUCAGAGCGUACAGGCCACGGCCUCAGAGUCAAGUUUAACCCUCUAGCUCUGCUUCUGGACGCGUCAUUAGAAGGAGAGUUUGAUCUGGUGCAGAGAAUUAUAUAUGAGGUGGAAAACCCCAGUAUGCCGAAUGAUGAAGGCAUAACUCCUCUUCACAACGCCGUCUGUGCUGGUCAUCACCACAUUGUAAAGUUCCUGCUGGACUUUGGAGUGAAUGUAAACGCAGCAGACAGUGACGGAUGGACUCCUCUUCACUGUGCAGCUUCAUGUAAUAGUGUCCACCUCUGUAAGAUGUUGGUGGAAUCAGGGGCAGCCAUAUUCGCCUCAACAAUUAGUGACGUAGAGACAGCAGCAGACAAAUGUGAAGAAAUGGAGGAAGGCUACACACAGUGUUCUCAGUUCCUCUAUGGUGUUCAGGAAAAGUUGGGUGUGAUGAACAAGGGCUUGGUCUAUGCUCUGUGGAACUACACUGCCCAGCAGUCAGAUGAGCUGUCCUUCAGUGAAGGGGAUGCCAUCACUGUGCUCCGUCGCCGUGACGACACAGAGACAGAAUGGUGGUGGGCACGUCUUAAUGACCGUGAAGGAUAUAUACCCAGAAACCUGCUGGGGCUGUAUCCAAGGAUCAAACCCAGACAACGUUCCCUGGCAUAAAGCCCAGAUCAGUAGCCACGUGCACACUUGCAGAAGGGGCAUGAACACACAGGAGAGGAGCAGCAUGUGGGAGGAGGCAUCAGAACAAAGGAUGGAGGAAGUCAGCAAACAGAAGAAGAGAGGGAGGAAAGAAAGGCGCCAAUAUGGAGCCAAAAUUCUGACGAUGCAACUGCUUUUUUUUUUUUUUUUAUUUGUUUGGAUGAAAUGCUGGAAACACACAACCAUCUCCUGGAGAAAAAUCACAAAAUAUUUCCACUGAGUUGUUGCAAAGUUAUUGGAAAUCUGCCUGAAUUUCGUUUUUAAAAAAAACUGUAGCUUGAAAACUUCACAGCUGCAUGAGAGGCGCUUAAAAAACACACACAAUCACUUGUCUUUUGGAUGCAGCUUCGAGUUCUAUCACUUUAUUUUUGUAUGUCAACAAACACACUGAUACGAAGCCCGUGAGCUGAAAAGCAGAAGCAUGUGCUUUUUUUCUCAAUGACAAUGAACUAAGUAUGAAAACACUUUCACACUUUGGGAUGUGAAGAUUUUAAAUGCAGUAAAUUUCCAAGCUUGAUCAGGUGAAAGUAUGUGUGAAAAUGAAUGUGAAGAUGGAAAGAGCAGGGUGACGAGAGCAAACAGAUAUGCAAUGUGAAAGUGUGGCAAAGCAAGUCAGCUUUUGUGAGUCCUGUGGAUGUUGAUUUGAGUAGUGAUGUAUGAGGAAAGAUGUUGGAAGUGCACCCAGGAAUGUUAACCCAACAAAUAGCAGAUGUUUACAGUAUAAUAGCGUGAUAAAGAAAGGUUUGAACUGAUAUCAGAGGAAUAUUUUGCUUCUGAUACCACAAAAUGAUACAGGAAGCAUCUGUCAGCCGUUACAGAUGUCUCAGACUAUUAGGUUUAUGUUGAGUCAGCAGAGGCGCAGGCUGCCGUAUUAACACAUGUUUAGCUUCAAACCAGUGAGAGACAGGAAAAGAGGAGGGAGGAAGGAGAACAUGAAUGUGAAUAGAUUGUUUUUAUGACAUAAAUGUGUGAAACCAAAGCACCUGGAAUAUUGUUUUAGAGGCAGAGGGGUGAGAAUUGAGGAGAAAAAUGUAAGGUCAUUUUUAUCUUUGAAAGAAACAAAACCUGUGCUAGGCUGACCCAUUUCCACACAAUAUCAUCUGGUUGUUGAAUUAACUCUACAUUUUAUGCUGCGAUUUUUUUUUUUUUUUUUUAAAUACAAAUGAACUGAACUUCAUCUUUUUGGGACAAUUCUGAGCUCAUGACAUUAUAAAAGUGACAAAAUACAAACCUGUGUAUAGAAGGUGGAUAUUACAACAUACCUGUGGGCUACAUGGUGUAAAGAGGAUAGAAGUGUUUUCAUUUUUUUACAUACAGUAUUUACAUAUUUUAUGUUAAAAGUAGUUGAAUCAGUGUAUUAUUCUCAUUAUUAUAUUUUGCUCUUUGCUUAAUUUAAAACACUGAGCUUUGUUUUUCUAUUAAUAUUAUCCAAAAAUAUCAUUAUCAAGAGACUUGUUUUCAUGUUUUGUUUUGUUUUUUAAUCUGGGCUGUGCUGCUCACUGCUGCCACCCAGUGUACAGAAAUUGUAAUUUCCUUUAACACAUGCUGUGUAAAAUAAGAAGCAAUAAGUAAGAGGUUUAAUGUGAGACUGGCACAUUAUACUGAAGAGUGUAAACCAUUAUUUUGUGUAUAUGCAACCUGUAACUAUACAGCUAAUGUACAAUAAUAAUAAAGAAAAUAUAAUCCCAGCAG